CCGCGCUAAACCGGCCCCCGUGGCUCGCCCCGUGCCGCCGUGCGUGGCACGGUGCGGCCGCCCGCUGCCUGCCAGCGCCGCCGCCGUGAGGUUGCUGAAAAGUGCCUUUCCUGAAGCCACCGCUGCUUGGAUUUCUGUCUAGGGCUGCCUCUCUCUGCCCCUCGCCCCCCUUUCUUUUUAAUUCGGCGUUGCUUGCGGUUCGUGCCCUGACGGCAACUCCUCCAGCCUUGCCCCCUUCCCCCCCCUUUUUUUUUCUUUUCUUUUUUUUUUUUUUUUCCUCCCCGUUUAUACGCAAUUUGUUCAGCCAUUUUUUCCUUCCCCGAGUAUGUAGCAAAUAUUUAAAAGAAAGGAAAGAGGAAAAAAAAAAUAUUCAGACGUCCUUUUGCUCGUUUUGAUGCUUGCGAACCGUAAUUUUUAGAAGCAAGAAAUAGAAGGAAAAAUAAAAAGCAAACCCGAAGUUUUCUCCCCAAGGACUGAGACCAUUCCACAAACUGAAGUGCUGCCAGCAGCAUAUGCUUUUUGCAAGAAUAAUUGAAACCAUUAACUGGAGAGCACAGAAUUCUUUUGAAAGUCUGCCAGUUAUUUGCAAGUAACUGCGGCAGUGGCACAAAAUAUAACACUUAUAUUUUAACUUCUACAAUUGCACUUUUAGGAGCUGGCCUCUAAUUUGAUUUUCAGUUGUUCUGAUAAGAUUUCUAUUUUAUGAUUGGCUUUAUGUUUAAUUCUUGUUUAAACAAACACGAUUUGACUUAAAUGAAAACCUAAGUGCUGAUGAAUAGGAGUUCUACCAAAGCAACAAGUUAGUUAUUUCUUCACAUUUAACUUGAAUUCACUUUUUUACCCUUUUUUUUAAAAAAAGAAAAAAAAAAAAAAAGAAGAAGAAGAAAAAAAAAAUUAUCAGCAGUAAAUAUUUCCCCGAAGAAGGGUGUGAUUGCUUGCAUUUUCAUUUUUGUUUUUUUUUUAAUAUGGCUGUAAACGUUUCCCUGGUUCGUGAUACAAAAUGGCUGACAUUAGAAGUAUGUCGAGAGUUUCAGAGAGGUACUUGUUCUCGGUCUGAUGCAGAGUGCAAGUUCGCCCAUCCGUCACGGAGUUGCCAUGUGGAAAAUGGUCGAGUUAUUGCCUGCUUUGACUCCCUAAAGGGCCGGUGUACCCGAGAGAACUGUAAAUAUCUCCACCCUCCCCCACACUUAAAAACACAACUUGAAAUAAAUGGACGCAACAACCUGAUCCAGCAGAAGACAGCCGCAGCCAUGUUUGCUCAGCAGAUGCAGUUCAUGCUACCGGGCACGCAGCUACAGCCGAUUACAACGUUUCCUGUGACUCCAUCGCUUGCAACAAGCCCCACGAUGGCUUUUAGUCCCUACCUGAGUCACGUUUCUCCUGGGAUGGGCUUGGUUCCUGCAGAGCUUUUACCAAAUACUCCUGUCCUGGUUUCUGGUAAUCCUGCUGUUACAGUACCAGGAGGCUCUGCUGGGCAGAAACUGAUGCGUACGGAUAAACUGGAGGUUUGUCGAGAGUUUCAGCGUGGAAAUUGCACACGUGGUGAAAAUGAUUGUCGCUAUGCUCACCCUAUAGAUAUUGCAAUGAUAGACACAAAUGAAAACACUGUUACAGUUUGCAUGGAUUACAUCAAAGGUCGAUGCUCUAGGGAGAAAUGCAAGUACUUUCAUCCUCCUGCACACCUGCAAGCCAAAAUCAAGGCAGCUCAACACCAGGUGAACCAGACAGCUGCAGCUGCAAUGGCCCUGCCGCCUGGUGCACUUCAACCUUUACCAAAGAGGCCAGCACUUGAAAAAAACAAUGGUGCCACCACAGUCUUUAACCCAAGCGUUUUCCACUACCAACAGGCUCUAGCCAACAUGCAGUUGCAACAGCCUGCAUUCAUUCCUACAGUGCCCAUGAUGCACGGUGCUACGCCCACCACUGUGUCUGCAGCAACAACUCCUGCCACCAGCGUCCCCUUCGCUGCAACAGCUACCGCCAAUCAGAUAUCCCAGUUAUCAGUAGAUGAACUGAGUAGCAGCAUGUUUGUUUCACAGAUGUAGAAGUUCCCGAUAGAACAACCAUGUUGAAAUUCUGAACAGUAAAAUUAUGGAGCACGAAGACUUCUUGGUGGGAAGCUGCGCAUGGCCUUUCUGUAUAUAUCCCCUCUUCCCUCUAUCAUUCUCUACCACCUCUACAGUAAGCCUGUUGCAGCCUACAUGUUAACCAAAAACUGAUCAAUGGGAAUGUCAAAAGAAAAAAAAAAAAAGAAAAAGAAAAAAAAAAGAAAAGCACUAUAGAAACAAUUAACAAACAACGCUCUGUUAUAUGAGAUAUACAAGUAGAAAAUUAUAAUAGACUUUUAUAACACAUUACUUUAACACACUUAAUCAUUUUAUGACUACCAUCCUGAUAAGUGCAUCUGCACAGCGGACUGUUGGUUUACUGUAUACUAUCGAUGGAUAAAUGUUUGUCUUGUUUUUAAAGUGUUAUCUUACUGUUUUGUUUACAUCAUAGUCUAUUGAUUUGUUUUAAAGUGUACAUCAUUAUCAAGUAUAUUCAAUACCAUUUUGUCAUUAUUGUCAUGUCUUAAGUUUUCAUAUACUGUAGGUUUUAUGGGGUUUUGUUUGUUUUUUACUAAGAAUGUUGUUGUGGGAAACAGGAAUUAUGUGCUUGAAAAAUUCGACACAGGAAUGUUCUGCCCUUUGCUGGAUUUUGCUGUUAAUGUCAGCUAAAGUUGCUUGUGUUGAAUGCUCCUUUUAUCAUUUAAAAUUUGCCUUUGGAUAGAGCCUCCAAAUUUUUAGUAGAAGUAAUUUGAAAGGACAGCUGUCUCUUGUCCAGUUCAGGGUAUUUCUUUCAAUACAAUGAGCUGAUUCUGGAAACUUUUGGAAAAAAAGAAAAAAACCAAAACCACAAAAGCCCAGGCUCAGUUAGGGGACAGGAAUUUAUUUGCUCAGACAGUGGUACACAUCAAGGGAUUUCUGCAGUUCUGUUGUCCAUUGAAGUGCAUUCUCAGCUGCAAACGGCGCACAAUCUCUCUUGCUGUUUUCAUGGUGCAGUCAAAACAAACAAAAAGAGGUGGUGAAAUGAGGCAGCUUCAGCUGGGCAAAGACUCAUUGGGUUGGAGAGGAGCAAAUGCCGGCCUUGAGCUGGAGUGGGCCCACAGCCAUGCCUGAGCCCAAGCAGCCCAGGGGCUUGUCUCCACCAAGCAUGAUGAAACAUUUCAGCCUGAAAUUUUAUGUGGCUCUUCCUGAAAUUUUCUGAGCAUGCAUCAAUUAUUUAAUCACCAUUUUCCAUAAAUGGGUGGUUAUUUUUUUUCCCCCCCGUGAUCUCUGGCUCUUUAGAGCAAACGCAGCAGUAACAAAGCAAGGAAAGCUCAGCAUAAGCUUUCUACUGGAGAUAAACAUCCAUCUUCAUGGAGCUCCUGUAGGUCAGUGGAUUUAUUUUGGCACCUUCUACUUGAUCUAGAGCAAUGUUUGCUGCACAACAAGGGCUAGUUCUCAAUACCUCCUUUUCAUACACGUGAAUAGAAGAAUUCCCAGCCCGUGCACCCUGGACAGCCCAGCCUGUCGCUAUGCUGCGUUGCUGAACAAUCUGGCUGCAGAAUGCAUUUUAGUUGAGGAUACAGGCAAAGUUAACCCUGUCAUAGCUUUACAGCAUCAUUUGCAUUCUGAAAGAGAUGGAUUUGCUGCUGUAAAUCCACAAAUUGCAUACAAGGAGAAAAAGAAUCAUUACUGAAACCAAGAAGUGUCCAGUGUCCAGAGAUCCAGCAACCCCAAGCUCACAGUGGUCCUGUAGGGUGCCAAAAUCCAACAGCCAGGCUUCUUUUUUACUUUUCCAAGUUCCUCAGCCUUGGGUAGAGACUUUCCUUGCCCCCUCUCCUGCAUUGUGAGUGCAGAUAGUUCACUAGAUGUGUAUCUCCACAACCCACAAGUGGUGGAGAGGCAUCUAGAGCCACUGUGUCCCAGGGCAGACUCUGAGCAUCUGCCUCUGGAAAUCACUGAAAAGAACCUUUGAAGAGCCCAGCUCAAAAAGGCCUUGAUCCAGAAGGAAUCUCUCCCUUCAUUUCAGCAAAUCCUGAAAGAGGAGGGGAAAAAAACAUCCCCACCCUUUCCCCCAGACCCUCCUUUAUGAACCCUGUCUUUUGACAGCCUCUUGUGUCCGUGGAUGUUCCCCAGCCAUCAGCAUUCACAAGCAGCAGUUGCCUGAAAUCAGUGACUCAUUAUAUUGGUGACCACAUACCUGUUCUUUUCACCACUGAGUUUCUGUUUCCCAAAACUGUAACAUUAUUAGUGGAAAAAGUGGAUUUGAGUACUUCCUGUUUGAAAUUAUUUGUGUAUCAAAAUGGGUUUUGCACAACCUGUGCCAGUGCCUCAACAAAGAACAGAACUGAUCUUCUUAAGCCAGAAAGGAUGCAUUCAAGCUUGUAUGGCUUUAUGAGUUCAAGGAGGUUGGAAUUUUUUCAGUGCUAAAUGGAUUUUUGUAUAUCUUGACACUUUGAUGUAACCUCCUAUUUUAUUUAUCAACUUAAACAUCUGGCAUAGAUGUGCAUAGAAUGUAAACCUAGAAUACAGCUGUUUUCAUGUCACAUUUAAAGCACUGAAAAAAAAAAACAUUUAAGGAUUAUUUUUUAUUAAAAGAGGUCCAAUGAGGGAUGUUCAGGGUAGUUAUAUUAGGUGCCACAACAGUUUUUAUAUUGCUGGCAAAUUUAGAGUUAAUUUGUAAAUGAGUUUAAGGAAAGAAAAGCUUGAAGCACUAAACUUCACCAAAUUCAAAACAAUCUCGGCAAAAAUGCCAUUUUGAGGUAGCACUAUUUAAACUAGUUGUGCAAUGACUUGCUCUAAUUUUCUUUGUUCAAGAAAGAAAAGAAAAAAAAAAGUCGCCAGACUAUAAAUUUCCUAAAUAGACUAUUACAAAGUCACCAAGCUAGUUAGUGACUCUAAACAAAUGUCAUAAAAGCGUGAAUAUCAUCCUUUAUUUGACAAGAGAUGUAUGUAAGUUUGUUUAAAUCAAUAUAAUUUUAGUGACAUUUUUAUAAGCUUCCCACUUUCCAUGAACCUAUAUUUUUUAUUUAUCCAAAGUUAUUUCUCUUUGUCCAUUUCUCUCAGCCUUAUGCAAACAAUAUGCAAGAAAUGCUGAAACUUGGAUAAAACGGGUCAUGCAGAGGGAAAAUGAAAGCUGAGAUUGAUCAUUUUCACAAAAAAAGGUUGUUAGUAGUUUCAAUAAAAAGUACUACUACUAAACUGUAACAUAAGCAGACAAUAAAAGAGGGAUUUAAAAUAAAAUGGAUUCAUAAAACUAUUAAGAUUAUUUUUGUUAAAUACAGUGUUUUUAGUAAUUUGGAACAUGAUUUCACAAUCAGCCGUGUUUUUUUAGUUGGAAAUUUCUAGCUGAUUAUUUUUGACUCUGUAUUUUUGCAUCGUGAUGUUCUAGAAACUGUUACCUCCCUGGCCAGCCCGCGCCGGCCCCUUCCCCACCACUCUGAGGAGCUUUUCCUCUCUGCCAGCCAGCCAGCUAGCCACCCAGCUAGCCACCCAGCCAUCUAUCCAUCCAUCAAUCCAUCCAUCCAUCCAUCCAUCUGUUCUUGCUGUCUCUCACCGUGCUCGGCGUGUUCCCCACUGGUGGCACAGCCGGGCUGCCAGCCGCACCGGUACCGGUUCUGCAGCAGGGUCUGGGCUGGACCCCACUGUUGAGGCAGCGAUGGAGAUGGGGAUGUGGCUGGUGGGUGGAACUGGCCAGAGGAGGAGGUGGAUGUGCCAGGUGAGAUGUCUUCUUCUCCUCCAGCUCGUGGGCUGCUGGCUGACGUGGUAGAGUAGCUCUAGGACACGCGGGCGCGCGGUGAUUGAGAAACUGGAGUCCUGGUUUUGUUUCUCCCUUGUACAUUUCACAGACAUGAGAAUUGAAAGAGGUGAAAUUUAUGAGGAAAAUCGAAUUUCCCAUUCCUGUUGAAUGGAUUUAGUUUGAUAUUGACCUGAUUUUACCAUGUGCCUGUUGAAGGCCUUAGAGUAUAUACUGUAUGUUAAAGACUGUAAUAACUUUUAAAAAAACUGUUGAUAGCCUAAUCCAAAUGUAAAUAUAGCUACAACACAUUGUUACUAGGCUACAACACAUUAAUUCAUGUCAUAUAUUUUUAAUUUCUCUACCAUUAGUUUUUAAGGUUUUCAUUAUUGCUUUUUUGAUAUCUUUAGUAACUAAUGAAUUUAAUUUUGAAGGAGAGUUAGAGAAAGUUUAAGAUUUUUAAUACAUGUAUUCAGCCCAUUUAGUUAUAUUUUAAACCAACACUGAAGCAUGAUAAGGUAUAGAAUACAGUCCAUAACUAGUUUGUAUAGUUUACAGUUUAAGAACAAAAUUAACUUUGUAUGUAACUCCUACAAUGAUAGAUUCAUUGUUAACUAAUUAUAUUAAGUUGUUGUUGCUAUGGCAACAAAACUACAACAUGGCUACCUUUGUAUACAUUAUUUGUGAAAUUUUCACAUGUAAAUUAAAAGUGAUGUGUAACAGUAUGAGCUUGUUAAAGGUACAGUUCGAUACUGUCAGAUAAAGAUAUGAUUGAAUAUUUUUAAAAUCCCAAAGUCCCAUGUGAACGCUGAAUUUGUGUCUUUAAUGUCACUUUUUCAGUCAAGAAGUUUACAACACAUGGAUUUAGAGUCAGGUUUUAUAGCUUGUAGAAAUUGUUGUGUGGCAAGGGUUAUUCCACAGUAUUUUCACUUCAAAAACAUGACAGCUGUAUUUGCAACGUAGUGACCGGUCUUGCUUUCAUUUCACAUCCAUUCACGUGGUGGGGAUUCAGAAUUAAAUCAGUUUCAGUACUGUAGCUCUGCCUGCUAUUUUCUUUUCUCCAGAAAUUGAACACUCACGCAAUUACAUUAUGAUCAGGGCUAAAUAAUUCAGCAUAUAACUAUUUUAAUACUAAUUUAUAUUAGCAAGAACUGUACAUAAAAAAAAAAAAAAAAACAAAAAUAUUGUGGAAUGACCCCGUAACAGUGUUGAAGAUACAAAUAUGCUGCAGUUAAACUGAUUCAGUUAGUGUACGAAUGUGUGAGACACACCUUUUUUGCACUUAUGUACAUAGUCCACGAAAGAAAUCCUUGGAACUUAUUUUGAAUAUAAAAAGUCUGUAAUAAUACAGGAAAAGUUUGUAAAAGAGAUAGGUAUUACUAAGGCUUUGAAAAGGAGGAGUUUUUUGCUAUAAAACUUAUCUGAAAGCAUGAUGUUGCUUUGCUGUUGUAAAAGCUUUGUAGUUUGCUAUAGCUUAUUAUACAGCAGACUGAUAACAGGUCAGCUCCAACCUGCAGCACAGAGAAAUGGGAACAGUGCUUAAUUAAUUCGUAAGGUCACUAGCAAAGAUUUGAAUUGCUUUUUUUUUUCUUUUUCAAUCAGCCCAUGUUUUCAGCCACACCCUGUGUCCUGUUCUUGGUUGUGUUCUCAGUGAAUCUUCUUAGGGCUGGUAGGUCCGUGGCAGUAUGCACACAUUUUUCCUAGUACUUAAUCCUGUUUUCUAGCUAUGUUUGUCUGCUAAAGGUGACUGUCACUGCAGUGAGUGUUUUAAAUCUCAGAGGGAUUUUGAAAUGCCAUAACUUGCUAAUUAUUUUUUUUCACCCUUUUGGGGCAAGAUGACAAAAUGGAGAGGACAAGCAGUGGAAGGAAGGGGGUGAUUUGAGUUUUCUUGGGCAGGUUUCUCUGCUGUAUGGUGUUCUUUUGAGCUGAUGCUGCCUGCUGGGCUGGCACUGCCGGAUGGAUGUUGGGAUGAGGAGAUGGAGUCUGAUCAUGGCCAUCUUGGUGCUUCUGUCUGGGGUUAACAGGCCCCUUGGAGUUGCCAUCACAGGAGAGCACAACUGUGUUCCCCCAGCCUGCUGAACAGCCUCUUGGUUCCCUUUCUGCCAUGGUGGUGGAGCCACCAGGGCUCUGCAGUACCAGGCUGGGGUCUGAAGAAGCUGAAAUGCCUAUGUUGACCCAUUUAUUGUUGAUUGGAACAAGGAUUUGGUUUGGAUUGUUUGGGUUUGGUAUUUUUUUUGCAAAACCCCAGGCCCAGAUUUGCUUCAGAAAGGUUUACUGGUUUUGCCACAAGGCUGAUGCCCACUUCAGAACAAGUUGAGCAGCCCAGUGCUCAACUGGGGUUGAGGUUCCAGAGCAGAACCAGUGUGUGGUGGCACCUGAUGUCACCAUCUCCCUUUCCUGCCCACUCCAGGGUUGGGGGGCUGAGGUGUCACUGCCAGGUCUGAGACUUUCAGCCACUGCUGCUGGCAUCUUAGAGGUUUCCAACUGAUGAUGGAAACCAGAUGAUCCUUAAGGUCCCUUCCAAGCUGACAUUCUGUGAUUCUGUGACUCCUUGCAGUGGCAGUGAGUACCCAGCCAGCCUGCACUGCCCCAUGGGGUGUUGGUACAGAGGUGGUUUGCUGAAUCAAAGCAUCAUGCAGUCACCCGUGUCUUUAAAAGAGGGGGGGAAUCAGAUGUUGCCUUUUUUUCGAGAGUGUUACAAUCACCUAGGUUUUAAUACAAAAUAAUCAACUAAUUCCAGCUGAUUCUAAUUAAGGUUUCCCUUUGCCAUGAUCGAUUUUCGUAAUUGAGUUGUUUUUCAUUUAUAGAAUCAUGGGAGAAAAAUACUUUGCACUAUUGUGAGAUGAAUUGUAGCUGGUCAAACUUCUUUUCAUUGGGGUAUGAGCAUGAUCAUAACACUGCUAAAAUCUUUGCUAGUGAUCUUUACUGACAUCCUUAAUCAUCAAAAAUAACUCCAUAUGCCUCUCAAAUGAGAUAUUUAAGCAUGCAAAAAUAACACAACUAUUAAAUAAAAUGAAGUUAUUUUUCCAAACACACAACAGAGAGAAUUACCUGACACCGAAUUACAAGGUUCCAGUUCUUUAUUACUGUACACAGAUGCUAUUUGAUAGUGGUGGAAGCCAAAUGAUUUUGUUGCCAUGGCUUUUGUAUCCUAGCAGAUGAGGGGAUGAUAAGACCAUUCUUAGACUGGAUUAUGGGAUUUUUUUUUCUUUCUAAUUAGCUUUGGUUUAAUUAUAUUUUUUUAUUUUAAAUCAUGAAAACAAACCAAGACUCCCUACACUAUUAUACCACCUGACAACAGAUCACUAUUUUUUUUUAAAUAGAGAAUUGUAUUUUAGGCAAUCACUAAAAUCAAAGAGUGUUCUCCUAAAUUGUAAAUUUUUAAUUUAAAUAUAUAAAAACAUUUAUACUGUACUGUGUAAAGUAGAUCUUUGAAGCACAUUCUUCUUUUCAUAGGCAUUUCUGGUAAAACAAAGUAAGGGAAAUACUAGGUAUCAAUUUAAUGGUGUAGUUUAGACAAUAUAUGCAAAUGAUUACAGUUAGCCCUGUGGAAUUGUAAGAAAUUAAAAUAUCAUUGGAUCCAGACAGGCGUAGGUUACUGCAAUUUAUCAGUUCCAUAACAGGAUAGUUCAUUCCCUCAACUGCUACCAACAGGGCGUACGCUUUGAAUUUAUUUUUCUUUUUGCCAUGUUAUAUUGCUGUAGUGCUUGUAUGUGCUUUAGAAUAAUGUGCAUAAUGCUACUCAUUUUAGUAUGUUACUUCUAUAUUGUUAUUGUUUAUUUUUUGAUCUUUUAAUAAAGUGUAUAAAAUUCUUGGUUAUGUUUUUUAUGGAUCCAUAUCUACACAUUAAUAGGAGUUUACUUUAAAAACUUUUCAAGUUUAUUAGUCCCAAACUUUAAAGGUUCUGAUGUAAAAAUAAUAACUAAUGAAUUUGAUUCAAUGUUAUAUCUAAAGUGUAGAACAAUAGAAUAAAUUUCUUUCCAUAAAAUACCUUCAGUAUUUUGAAUUCUGUAGCCAGUGCCUCCUUUUUAUUGGAUGCAUUCGGCCUAUCACAUUAAAGUUACUAACACAAGAAAGACAUUUGUAUUUUAGAAAAAUAAAAAGUAAAACUUCC